AUGUCUAUCGCCCCUGAAGCAACCGUGACUGCCAUGAAGGACGUUCCAACCACAAGCGGGAGCUUCAGUGGCAGUGACAAGGGACUGCCACCCCGUAAAGAGCGCAGCAAGUCGCGCGACGCCGGUAAACGCAUGGGCGGUGGUCAGAAAGCGUCCUGGAAGCUCGCAGAGAUUCCACGUGCUGUACCGUUGGAUACAAAUGAUCCAAAUUAUGACAGUGAAGCAGAUGAUAAUGUCGUGCUUGUAUCUACAGUAAUUGAUUCACCGAAGAAGUCAACACCGACGCUCGAGCCGGACGAGUUGGCAGCCAAAGAGCUUGCAAUUAAUGCACCUCCUGAGAUCAAGAAACGAACAAUUGAGAUUUUGGAGGAAUAUUUUAUCAAUGGAGAUGCUGAGGAGGUCUUGAGUUCACUGAAUGAGCUGGAUGAACCGGAAUUCCACUAUGAAAUGGUGAAGCGUGUGAUUACGAUGGCAAUGGACAAGAAUGACAAGGAGCGGGAACUAGCAUCACGACUGCUAUCGACGUUGUAUAUGGAUGGACUCACAUCUGGACAAGUGCUUAUGGGCUUUCGUCGUUUGCUGUUACUGGCAGGCGACUUGCAGAUUGAUAUUCCUACGGCCAAGAACAUGCUGGCUAUCUUUUGUGCCCGUGCAGUGGUAGAUGAGAUCCUGCCGCCUAGCUUCUUGGAGGACCCUUUUACCACACGAUACGCUCCCGAGAUUGCGGCUGAGGCUAUUAAGAAGCUGAGCAUUAAUCAUGCGACUGCACGGAUGGAGAAGGCUUGGGGACCUGGUGAUGGCCGUCCCGUCGAAGAGCUAAAGGUAGCUAUUGAUCAGCUGACCAAAGAAUACCUGUUGUCGCGUGACCUUGAGGAGGCUGCGCGCUGCGUUCGUGAGCUGAAUGUGCCGCACUUUCACCACGAGGUAGUCAAGCGUGGCAUCACCAACUCGCUCGAGGAAGGCGGUGGGGCCAACAGUGCAGCCAUGGCAUCGCUAUUGGCGUAUUUGGUCUCUCAUGAAUUGGUGUCGACAGGCCAGCUUAUCAAGGGCUUUAAGCGCUUCAAACUCGUUCUGUACGACGUCGCGCUGGAUAUUCCGAACGCGGCUGUGCUGUUCCAAGACAUCGUGGCACGUGGCAUUAGCGACGGAAUCCUCCCCAAGGACUUUGACGCUAGCGCAGUCAAGAAGGAGUAA